GCUGUCAGUGUCAUUUUGUGCGGUAACGGAGUUGUGGUGUCGAACGUUUUGAUAUUUAAAUUCGAUUGUUUAUAAACGCGACGCUUCGUGAAUGUGUGAAAUGUAUAAUCAUUUUUUAAAUCAAUGAUAUAGUCUUUUAUCUAGAAGCAAAAAUUGUCGCGUUUCAUAUUAAAUUAAAUUGUUUUAUUAUAUUAGUGAAAGAUGGACGGAAAUCUCAGUCGGUGUUAAUUUAGCGUGUCGUAUUGAAGCUGUUAUAAAAGAAAUGUGAUCUAGUUAAGCGAAAAGUGAAGAUUCUACUGAGUAUAGUGGUCAGAUGCAGCAAUGUCUAGUGAAGAGUCCAGCGUACGAGUGGCAGUCAGAAUCCGUCCACAAACGCCAGCGGAAGUGGUCGAUGGAUGCGGUGUGUGUGCACGCGCGGGUGGCUCGGCCGGCGAGGGCGGCGUGGCGCUCGGCUCCGAGCGCGCGUUCACCUUCGACUACGCCUUCGAACCCACGUCCGACCAGCAGCAACUGUAUGACACCUGCGUCAGGAAACUCGUGGAGGCAGCUCUUGACGGAUACAAUGCAACCGUCCUUGCUUAUGGGCAGACUGGGUCUGGAAAGACCUACACGAUGGGGAGUGGGUGGGAAGGCGAGGUUGUGGAUGAAGAAAAGAGGGGCAUUAUACCCCGAGCCAUCCGGGACCUCUUCGCUGGUGCUGACGAAAGAGCAGAGAUUGCGCGCUCUCAAGGACAGCUCCCACCUGAAUUCUCAGUUCAAGCUCAGUUCAUAGAAUUGUACAACGAAGAUAUAGUAGACUUACUCGACCCGGCCAAGGAUCCCUUCGCAAAGGGUAGUCUUAGGAUAACCGAGGAUGGUUGUGGCGGUGUACGGAUAGUGGGAGCCUCUAUGCGCGCAGUGAGAGGUGUUAAGGAAGCACUUGGUGCUCUAAGAGCCGGUGCUCUUGCUCGUACUACAGCAGCCACUAACAUGAACUCGUCGUCGUCGAGAUCACACGCAGUAUUCACACUUUUACUCAGACAGAGACGGCUCGCUGCUGACCAAGAGGGUGUAGAUCGAGAAACAGAUGGCGAAACUCCUGAACAAUAUGAGACACUAACUGCCAAGUUCCACUUCGUUGAUUUGGCUGGCUCUGAACGUCUUAAGCGGACUGGCGCUACUGGCGAAAGAGCUCGGGAAGGAAUAUCAAUAAAUUGUGGUUUGCUCGCACUGGGAAAUGUGAUAUCAGCGUUAGGUGAUAAGUCGCGAAGAGUUUUACACGUGCCUUAUCGAGAUUCAAAGUUGACGAGGCUUUUACAGGAUUCACUUGGAGGUAACAGCAAUACCGUGAUGAUAGCGUGCGUGUCUCCGAGUGAUAGAGACUUUAUGGAAACAUUAAAUACAUUAAAGUACGCCAAUCGUGCGCGCAAUAUAAAGAACCGCUGUGUUGUGAAUCAAGAUCUGACGUCGCGAACUAUUAGCCAACUUCGACAUGAGGUUGCACGAUUGCAGCUCGAAUUGGCCGAAUAUAAACAAGGCAAAAGAGUUGUAUCUGAGAAUGGUCAAGAAGGAUGGAGUGAUGUGGUUCAAGAAAACGCCAUACUGAAUGCUGAAGUAGAGUCCCUCAGGCGCAGAGUGAAGGCUAUGCAAGGUACAAUAGAACAACUAUCAGCGAGGAACAGUGAGCUGGUGGCUGAAAAAGCGUUAGGUACAUGGGCUCCUAAAGACGGCAGUCCUGACUCGACGGAUUGUUCUUUAACAGCUUUAGUACAGGGCUAUGUCACUGAAAUCGAGGACUUGCGAGCUCAACUAAUGGAAUCGAAUGCCUUAUACGAGGCCAGCAGAAAGCGCGAAACACGAACAAGACACGAUUCAUCGUUGUUCGAUGCUUCUACUAUACUGGAUGACGCCAAACGAGAGCUUUACAAGGAGAAAGAAUUGUUAGCGAGGAGUAUGGGUGAGCUGGAAUUCCAACGAAAAUUGACGGACAGUUCAGGAGCACAACCAAUAGGAGAACGAGAGCGAGCGGAGGGAGAGAGCGCUGGAGACUCGGACCCCUCGGACAAUGAUGGUGAUCAGGACCAGGAAGCUAGUGACUCAGAUGACGAUGAGGCUAACGGUCAACGUAUACUGUCGGAGCAGCUGGCGGCGUUAAGCGAAGACAUCGACACGAAAGCGAGGCUCGUGGAACAGCUUGAAGCGUCGCAGCGGAGACUCGCAGCGCUGCGCACGCACUACGAGCAGCGCCUCGACCAGCUGCACGCGCAGAUACGCGCCACGGGCGACGAGCGCGACAAGGUGCUGGCCUCGCUCGCGUCGCAGUCGUCGCCGCCGACGGACAAGCUGAAGCGCGUGAAGGAGGAGUACGAGCGGCGCGUGAGCAGCAUGUCGCGCGAGCUGCGGCGGCUGCAGGCGGCGCAGCGCGAGCACGCGCGCCUGCAGCGCUCGCAGCAGCACACCGCGCACCAGAUACACGCGCUGCGCAACGAGCUCACCAACCUCAAGCGCGAUAAGGUUAAAUUAGUGCAGCGCAUGCGUGCUGAAUCUAAACGACACGCGCAAGCAGAAGCCGCGCGGGCCAAAGAGGUCGCACAACUACGGAAAGAAUCUCGUAAAAAUGCUAAUUUGAUCAGAAGCUUAGAAGCGGAAACAAGACUGAAAGAACAAGUGUUGAAACGGAAACAGGAAGAAGUCUCAUUAUUAAGGAGAGGUCACCGAGAUAAACUCAGUAGUCGGGCUGCUGGACGAUUACACGAUCGUUCCCGGGGCCGGUCUCGGAUAUCGGGCCGGGAGCUGUGGUCCCGGCUGGAGUGCUGGCUGUCGCGCGCGUGUGCGGCGCGCUGCACGCUGGGCGAGCUGGAGGCGGCGCUGGAGCACCAGCUGCGGCAGCGCGACCGCGCCUCGGCCGCCGCCAACGACCCCGACGCGCGCGCCCUGCUCGCCUACCUGCGGGACGCCAUCGCCGACACGCAGUCGCAGAUCAUGCAGAUCGAGGAGGAGAACGAGGAGAACGAACUCCCACGCGUGCUGGAGCUGGUGGAGGGGGAGGCGGCGCGAUACGCGCUGGAGCGGCUGGCGCACGACGCGCUGCGACACGCGCACCUGGCCGCGCACGCGCGCCGCUCGCUCGCCGACACGCGCGCGCAGCUGCUCGAGCUGGAGGAGAAGUCGGAGAGGACGGCGAGCGCGCUGCGCGCUUCGGAGGAGCAGAGCCUGCAGCCGUGGACGGCUCCGGCGCUGGCGGCGCUGCUGGCGGCCGUCUCGUCUGGCACCUCCACGCGCUCCGUGUCUCCCGUCGACAGUACGCUCUUGGAUGUGCGCCCGCAUAUAACACCACAUCGCGAGUCAAACACGGCACCCACAUCCCCUCCAGACGACAAUAGCAACUCGCCCUUCCACAGAAACACAGGGCGUCGCGGGUCGGUCCGUCUACGUGACCUCGGCGUGUACGGACGAGACGAGAACGCGGGCGACCCCAUGACGCAGUCGAUGGUGGAGCCCACCAGCCCGCGACCCGCGCCCCUCAGUCGAGUACCCAGCGCGCCUGGCAGUCUGCGCGGGCUGACGCCGCUGGCCGCGCCGCCCGCGCGCCGCGCGCCCGACAGCCCGCGCCCCGCGCGCCGCGCGCCCCCGCCCGCGCCCGCGCUCGCCAAGCCCGCCUCCUUAGAGGCGGGCGGCGACGGCACGCCGCCCGCGUCGCCCGGCGCGGCGCGGCGCGCGAGGGAUGACGACGUGUUCCUGCGCCUCGCGGGCGCCGCCGGCGACUCCGCGCCGCAGGGCACCGUCAAGGAGGUCACGCUCAAGCGCACGAGCGUAGGUGGAGUGGCUACCGGUGGCAAUGCGUGGCUGCAGUGCACACAUGUGGCGGAGGGUCACGUGGGCGCCGCACUGUCGCUGGCCGCCACGCCGCACGCGCUGUACAGCGGCGGAGUGGACCGCACGGUGCGCGGCUGGGACCUGUCGGGGGGGCGCGAGGCGUGGCGCGCGUGGUGCGGCGGUGCGGUGGGCGCGCUGUGUGCUGGCGGGGCGGGAGACGCACGCGUGGUGCUGGCCGCCGCCGGGCCCGCCGUCAAGCUCUUCGACACCAGAACCAGUGGACCCACCGCCGUUCUCUGGUCAUCGGGAGCAUCCGGCCCGAACGCGGCGGUGCGCGGAGGAGAAGCCGCGGUGACCGCCAUCGCGCUGGCCUCCACCACUCGCCUCUAUACCGCCGCGGCGGAUAAAAUUCGUCUGUGGGAUUUACGCAUGUUGGAGUGCGUGUACAAGACGUGGUCGGGCCACGCGGCGGCCGUGAUGUGCGCCGCGCGCGAGGCGCUGCCGGCCGGCGACCGGCUGGCCACCGGCUCGCGCGACCACUGCGUGCGCGUGCUGGAGCUGCAGCACGGCGGCGGCGGCUGGGAGGCGAGCAACCGACGCCCGCUGGAGCCGCCGCACUACGACGGCGUGCAGGCGCUCGUGCUGCGCGGCGCGCUGCUGUACAGCGCCUCGCGCGACUCCAGCAUCAAGUGCUGGUCGCUGGACGACGACUCGCUCUCGCACAGCGUGAUGAACGCGCACAAGGGCUGGGUGACAGGGCUGUGUGCGGUUGGUGCGGGGCUGGCCAGCUGCGGCCGCGAUCAGGCACUACGCCUGUGGAGCCCCGGCCUGCGCCCCGCCGCGCCGCCCGCCGCGCUGCCCGACGUGCCCCACGCGCUGGCCGUCUGCCCCGCCAGCCACGCGCUCUACACCGCCGGCAGCACGGGGCGGGUGCGCCGCUGGCGGAUCCGCACGAGCGCGCGGUGACCGGCGCCGAUGCCGACCGCGGCAGCGCGCGCGAGACGAGCCUGGCGGUGACCACCACCACCGCGCCUGGCGGUGACCACCCACCACGCGCCACCAUCUGGAGACUACACCGAACGAUGCAGGCCAUGACAUGUACGAAACCUUUGUAAAGGUCUCUUGAAGAUGUAGCGAUCGUUUCCUAUUUUAAAUAAGAUUAACUCGAAAAUUUUGUAAUCGAAAUCGUGCGAUAGAAUCCACGUUGAGAAUUUAAAUUAUUGCAAAGGGCAAUUAAGUAUGUAAUUACUAAUUACGAUAAAGUAUAAUAUAAUGAGUGAAAAAAUGUUUUAGAAAACAAAUGUUUAAAAAAUUGAUAUAGUUCCUUAAAGUAGUCAACACUACUUACAGUAGUCUAUUGCGGAUGAUGACGAUGUGAUAGUGCGUACGAAUCUCGAAAACAAAUAUAAACAUGACACAUUUUGGUUAUAUUGACACAUUCCAUUGUACUACUUCUACAAUUCCCAUAUAAUUGGGUCAAUUGAAUUUUUUUAUUAAACAUAUCGUUAAUAAAUAACAUUCUUAAUCUUCGUCGCUGCAUUUUGAAGAACUUAGAAUUUUUCACAAUUGUAAUACUGAUGUGAAAUGUGUACGCGUUAUUGCAAGUAAUUGUUUAGUUUUUUGAAGGACUAUUCAACACAAAUCUACCAAUAGUCACGGCUAGUGUAUAACAGAAGGCCUUUAUACAAGAUAAUAAAUCGUUGUUUACAAAAUUAAAGUUAAUAAUGCUUAUACAAAACAAGCCUUAGCUUAUAGUAUCCCUUCUGCGAUAAUAUAUUAGUAGCGAGAUAUAUAAUCAAAGCAAAUAGUUUUAAGGUAACUAACAUAUUAGAAGCCAUGCCUCAACGCCAAAACGACGCACAAUUUAAUGAAGACAUUACCAUCAAUAUGGACUAUAUUCGACAUUUUUUAUAUUAUUUUCCUGAAAUGUAAAACUAUAUCAACAGCUAAGAUUUUUUUUACGUAUCCAUAUUA